GGCGGUGUCUCCCGCCGGACCCCAGGGCCCUGCAGACACCCCGGAGGAGCAGGCUGUGUGCAUUGAAGAGGCUGGGAACAGCUUCUGCAUGUUUCUCAGCCCACGGUGCGGCAGUUUUUAAGUAUCAUGUGAAAACUCCACUGGGUGACACCAACUUACCAAAUGCCGGCUGUGCACAGGGCCUGUGCCGGGCGUCACAGAAGUAAAAACCACACAAGGAGCCCGUCCCCUGGAGGAGGCAGCCUGUCGUCUUGGAGACACGGUCAGCGGGCAGACUCGGGCUGUGCAGAGGGCCUGAGGGGCUUUCAGUUCCUUGAGGGCUCGUAGCACAUUCGGAGAGGAGCGAGGGAGAGCGCAGGCCGGCCAGUGGCGCCUGGGCAAGGUUACUUCAUGUUCAUUAGAAAGCGUUUUUGAAAGAGUCGUCGCAGGGGCCCACAGUCGGCAGAGCGCUGCCCUGCUUUCAGCCCCGCUGGCUGCUCGGCCCCGUAAGCCAGCGGGCAGCCCGGAGCCAGAGGGGCUCGCCCUCCCACUCUCCGGUCCAGACACCUCCUGAUUUGGUGGAAACCGUCAAAUGCCUUAGUCUCCCAGGCCUUGGCUGCUGGUUUGCAGAUUUCAUGAUAACAGAAAAUGCACGAGAUGUGGGACGGGAUUGGCAAAUGACGCAGAAAACAAGCCACCUCCUCAGGAGGCCUGGAGGUGGAGGCCCUGUUUGGGCUGAGCUGGGAGCUCCUGCCAGGGGGUCUCCACCCCACGCCCCCAGGGACUCCCUCAGUGAGUCCCCACAAGUCCCCACAGGGGUGCUUUUCCUGCACAGCGGUCAGGGGACAUUUCAGAGGUCAAGACUGCGGUCCAUCGUGGAGGGAGGUCUCCACAUCUCUUCCCCCAGGCGCCUCCUGCCGCCCAAAGACCUUUAAAAUGCGGCUUCCCAGGUCACUGGUCAGGAGGGAUUGCUCGCUCAGAGAGCUCCCCGGCAGGACCCAGCAGCGCAGGCAGGGGAGCGCUCAGCCAGAAGUCCAACAGAGAGAAGUGUGCCCUCACCUCAGCUCAUCUGAGGAUGGCCCGGCAAGGCCAGGCGGGUCGCAGAGGUGCUGACCCGACAGGAGCCUGGGCCAACCAGACCUCUCCUCCCCAGAUUGAAGAAACCCGUGUCUGGCCGCCUGCGGUGUGAGCUGGGUUUGCAGGGGCAAGGAUGCCACGGGAGUGUGGACAGCAUGGCAUGGAGUUCUAGCCACUCUCAUUACAAACCUUGAGCUACACGCUUGGCUUCCACACUUUUCCAUCUGCAAAAUGGGUUCAGAAUUAAACUCAAAAUAUUUAUUGAGCACCUACUGUGUGUAAGACCCAGGCCCGCUGUUGAAGAUACAGAGAUGAAUGAGACGUGGACUGUGCUAGCCAGAGAGGCCCCGAGGGAGGGACGGGCGCCAGGCAGGCUCAGGAGCUGGCAAAGCAUCGAACGGCAAAAUGGAGCUCUGGUUCCACCUCGGCUGUCAGGGCCCAGGCGCCUCAGCAGACAGCUCCUUCCCACCGGCUCGCCGGCUCUCUGGGGGAUGCGUGAGGACGAAGUGAGCUGGGGUCGUCCUCUCCCGCUUCGGGGAGCCUCUGCGGGGCUGGCCCACUGUCCCAGGUUCCACCCCGGUGGGUGCGGUCAGCGCCGACUUCCCUGGGGACACUGCUAUGCACGAGGCUCCCUGGGGAAGCACCCACACCUGCCGCCUGCCCGUGCUGUCCAGGCCCGAGGCGCAGCUCACACGUACUCUCAGCAACGCAAGAGCGCCCGUUCCACGGCCUCAUCCUGUUUCCUUACUCCCAGGGGCUCGUGGUCCCGGCGAGGGGACAGCCGUGAGUCUGGGAGGCAGCUUAAAGGGGUGGGUUAGCCUUUUCCCGCUCCAGCCGUCACUGCUCACCGGGGUGGGGAGACCAGACUUUCCAGUCCCAUGUCCCACCCAGGACCCGGACGGGGAGGUCCGGGGUCUUGCUGGCUCUGUCUUGGAUGUCCCUACCUCCUCACACAGCCCUGGGCAUGGGGCGGGGCGGGACAUGCCGACAGCGGGGUGCACGCCUCCGCUCACUCGCCGCCUCUGUCUGUUCCUAGUGGGCCACAGCAUGUUUGAGAAUCUGAACGCGUCCCUCCCACCGAAGCCGCAGGCCAGCCACUCUGGGCCCCAGGCAUCCCGGUUGGGGCCCCUGGGGCCCGUGGAGCUGGGCGGGCCGGGCCUCUGGGUGGGCAGCAGCCAGCACCUCCGGAACCUGGGCAAAGCCGUGGGUGCCAAGGUGAACGACUUCCUGCGGAGGAGGGAGCCCUGGGGCCUGGGCAGCGUGGGCGCCAUGGAGGUCAACAGGACGGCUGAGGCCCAGCUGGCCGGCACGCCCGGCGGGGAGGAUGACGGGCCGGCCCUGCCAGAAGCCGUCCCUCGGCUAGAACCGCCGCCACCCACAACCCGGAAGCGAAUGCCCCGGGCGCUGAAGACCACACAGGACAUGCUGAUCUCGGCCCAGCCCGUGCUGAGCAGCCUGGAGUGCUCCCCGCCCCCUGCCCAGCCCGGCCCAGCGGGGGCUCCACCGCCAGAGGCCACUGUGGACGUGGCCCUGCCCAACGGCGAGGCGUCCCUGUCGGUGCCUGACUUGAUCCACCCGGAUGGCUCGGGCGAGCCCAGGCUGAAGGGUGCCCAGUGCAGGAGGGUCUCCCCGCCCGGCCCCACCGAGAGCAGCGGACUCCAGCCCAGCCUCAGCCCUGGCCGCCCGGCUGAGCUGCCACAGGACAGCAGCCCCUGCCCCGGGGUGCGGACCUGCAGCCUGGACAGCGAGGGGCCGCACCCUGACCUGCUGUCCUUUGAGUAGAGCCCCUGCACUCUCCUCCACCCUCACCCCCAGCUCCACGCACACCCACCCUCAGCCCCCCACAGCCCCAGCAGAGCCCCACAUCCUAGGAAAAGGGUGGAGAUGGGCUGGCCCUGACCUCAUUCUUGUGGGCCCUCUGCUGCUGGCUGAGCCAGUGGACACAGCCACUGGCCCUGGGGGAAGCACUGGGGGCGUUCUCCCUGUUGAUGCCACACACACCUAGACCUCCACACUCCACUCUCCUGCCUCAGCAUUGGGGCUGGUCAGGAGUCGGGCUGGGUCAGGAAUGAUGGGUUUGGCUUGAUGAUGGGCUGAGACCCGGAGAGCUGGCCUCUGACCGCAGCUCUGCCAGGUCGCUCCUGUCCCAAGUCAGUGCAGGCCCCUGCUGUCCCAUCUCGGGGGAGGAAGGUUGCAGAGCUGUCCUGGGAAUUUUCUAGAGAUUUUAUAUUUAUACUAGAGGCCUGGUGCACAAAUUCGUGCACAGGUGGGGUCCCUCUGCCUGGCCAGCG